AAGAUACCCUCAUCCAACAACAGCAUUACAUUUCAAAGCAUCGAAAUAGCGUCACAAUAUAAAAAAGAGACACAGCAGGGAGUAUGUCCAGCCCUCCAUCCACGAAUCCCGCGUGCAAAGCCAUGGGAAUCAGAACGAAUAGAGAGACCAGUUUGCAAUUAUAUUUUAUCUGGGGCAUGAUUGACGCUGCGAUUUAUCCAUUGAUGAGGGACUCGAGCAACACGGGUAUAAAUUUCAGAUCAUGCCUGCCGCACGAAGAAAAAGAAAAGAAAAAGAAGAGCUUCGCUCUAGCGCGGCGAGUGAAGAAUUUAUACGCCUCCAGAGCGUGGGCCUCGAAAUUUCUGCUGUGCUUAGUCAUCAGCGCGCUUGUUCGGUCAAGAUGGCCCCACAUAUCACUUUGGCGCCAGUUUUCACUAGGCCAUCCUGGGAACGAAUUGAAUUGUCCUACAAGUAGGUAUGAGAGAGAAAUCCUAUUUUGUUAUACUGCUUGUAAGAGUGUUGUACGAGCACUUGGGCGCUUGGCUUUGCUCACUGACCUCGGUGGAGAAAGAAGAUACAGCACUGAUUUAGAGCCCUUGAAUCUAUUAUUCUAGAACAUAUUUGGCAGCAGAAAGUGCUCAAGGCUGCAAAUAAUUGGCUUUUCCUUCCUAUCAAGCUAGGUAUAUACAAUAAAAGCCGUUCGCAGUUUGGUAUAUACACUAAAAUAACUAAAUACAAAAACGCUCAAUGUGGUAUCUCAAAAAUAUCAAUGCUAUCAUAAUGCUGAACCGCCCAAAAAACUUCACAUUUGCAACCAUGCCCACCUAGAAUUGGAAAAGAGUCUGGCAAAGACUCAGCCGAGACUGCAUCAGGGAAGCGCCGUUGUUUUCUCUAAGCUGCGCCGCUGCACCCAGCCCUGCC